AUGACAGACAAAGCCACUAAAAAAGAGGGAGCGGCGGCCGUGACCGACCUACUGGAAAGACUGCUGGAACAUUGGGCAGAGGAAUCCUUACAGCCAAACUCGCCGAUCAACCUAAUCGAAUUCCUUCACGAGUCGAAUGAGGCGGACACUUUAGCCUUUGACGACUUGGGAACGGCGCCCGUCGAGAUGGAGGAUGACUACCCCGUGGUCCAGGACCCGUUAUUAGAAAUAAAUGUAGGGACCGAGCCCGAACCACGACCUCUUUUUUAA